AUGGCCGGCGCAAGUACCCGAAAGAAUGGCUCUACACCACAGACGCCCGAGCAGACGGGCACCACCCGCGCAUCAGCGUCUUCGUCUCCCGGAUCCGGUCCCGACGCGGACGAGCUCACGGCGCUCAUCAAGGCCAUCAAGUUUGCGCAUCCGGAAUUUGGCGUCAAGCGCGUCCACGACCACGUCGUGUCUCAUGGGGGCAAGUUCACGCGCGUGCCUUUCAAGCGCGUUAAGCGCUACAUGCACAAGAUGGGGAUGAACUCUCCCAUGGAAGAGAGCAGCAAGGAGCCGUUGAAGCUCAUGACCGUGGGCGGGGCCUCCAAGUCGCUGCGUGAGGGCGGCGUGGACGAACCUUCGCAGGCGUCGGACGAGAUGGUGUGGCUGCCUGUGAAGCUGGACGAACCAGCGUCCAAGCUGCAGGAGUUCCCGUACCAAGCGGUGAUUCGCGUGAACAUGAACGAAGACGGCGAUGCCGAGGGUUCUCUUGGAGAGAUCUACAAGAUCCAGGUGGCUACAGAAACCGACGGAUCGCUGAGCACCAUUCAUCCCAUGCUGGUUUAUAACAAGGCACGGUCGCGCAAGACGUUUCUGCACCCGGACUCGCCGGCCUAUCUACCGGUGCAACGACUGGUGGCAGCUGAAGGAACCAAGGGCACGAUGGGUGGCUCCAAGGCUUACUUCUGGGGCCGGUACUUUAAAAUUGAAGACAUGCUGUACAUCAACACGGUAAAGAUGGCACCGAGCCAGCAGUGGUAG